AGCGAGAGAGAGAGAGAGAGAGCCCGAAGGUGCGGCGCUUUCAUAGUAUUUUUUGCAUCGUCCUCUUCGCCAGGGAAGAACAGAAUAUAUCUGUUCCUUAUUCCAGAGAGCCAAUGCCUGGUCCCACCCAAGCACUUUCCCCGAAUGGAGAGAAUAACAACGACAUCGUCCCGGACAACGGAUCCAACAUCAUUCCUUACAGAAAAAACACAGUGCGAGGAGAGCGCGCCUACAGUUGGGGAAUGGCGGUCAACGUAUAUUCUACCUCAAUAACCCAGGAGACUAUGAGCAGACAUGACAUUACUGCCUGGGUGAACGAUCUUCUGUGUCUAAACUACGCUAAGGUGGAGCAGCUCUCCUCAGGAGCGGCGUAUUGUCAGUUCAUGGACAUGCUUUUCCCUGGGUGCAUCAGUCUUAAGAAGGUCAAGUUCCAAGCUAAAUUGGAGCACGAGUACAUUCACAACUUCAAAGUGUUGCAGGCAUCGUUCAAAAGGAUGAAUGUGGACAAGAUUAUUCCUGUAGAGAAGCUGGUUAAAGGUCGAUUUCAGGACAACCUUGACUUCAUCCAGUGGUUCAAGAAGUUCUUUGAUGCCAACUAUGACGGUAAAGAGUAUGACCCGGUUCAGGCCAGACAGGGUCAGGAUGCCAUUCCUCCACCUGAUCCUGGCGAGCAGAUCUUCAACCUGCCAAAGAAGUCCCACCAUGCAGCAAGCUCCCCAACUGCAGGGGCCUCAAGGGCAAGCUCUACUACGCCCAAGUCUUCGACGCCAUCAUCUAGGCCCUCGUCGGCCAAAAGGGUCCCGACAACGUCAACUCCUGCCAAAGGAGAGAAAGAACUGGAAGCACAGGUCACACAGCUUAAUGAACAGCUGAACACAUUAAAGUUGGCGUUGGAAGGUGUGGAGAAAGAGAGGGAUUUCUACUUCAGCAAGCUGCGAGAGGUGGAGCUGCUGUGCCAGGAGCAGGGCGAAGAGAACGCCCCGUUUGUGGAGCGGUUAAUGGAGGUCCUCUACUCCACAGACGAGCAGGAAGGAGCUGCGGAUUUGGCUGAGGGAGAUGGCGAGGAGGCGGAGCAGCUGACUCACGAGGAUGCACCAGAUGAUCAACAGGAGCAGGAUGAGUACUGACCACCAUCGUCCUUCACAACCACACACCCCUUUUUAUUUCAUGGGAAACUGAUAAAGGAUUACUACAGUGGUUCCUCCUGGUUUCUUCUUCCUUUUUUCCCUCUCUCUCGAAGACUGUGCACAAGAAGCAACCUCCUAAAAAGAAGCUCUCCCUUUUUUUUUUUUUUUUUUUGGUUUUUACACCCUCUGUUCAGUAUUCUUCAGUAUUCUGUGUUUUUGUGACUGUUGGUGAAAUGCUGUGGCAGGUCCGACGUUAGAGCCUCCACAAGCAGACAAGCUCAGACCAUCACAGAAGUUUCUAAGGACUUUGUGGAUGAAAAGUAAACUUAAUUCCUAGAUGUGAUGAAAUGCUGAAGUUCAGACGGGUAACGUUUUACCCGUCAGCGUAAGUGUUAUUGUGCCAGCUUCUGUCUCUUUUAUUUUGUAUUCUGUCUUUAUUAUUUUAUUUUUUAGUUUAUUUUCACAUAUCAACCAUUAUUAAUCAUAAGAAUGCAAUAAGUAAUGCCCUUAAAGGGUCCAUUAGUAGCUCUUAUCGAACCUCCUUCCAUAUGUUGCACUGACAUUUGAUCCUGUGUUGGACAAUCUGUCCAUUGACCCUCACCAUAUUUAUUUAGUCUUAGAAAUAGUUCUUCAUCCACAUCCUCGUGAAGGGAGACACUACGGUCAAUAAAUUCUGCGUAACGCGGUAGUUUAAUACAAACUAUUAACUGGGUGACGACGAUCAACACAACAAAUCACAGCUCAACAAUGCGUUAUCGGUGCCAGGUAUGACAUUGUGGUGACAGAGGUUGACUUAGUAUGCCAAACAUAGGGAAGGAAGAAACAUUUAUUGUGGACUAGUCUUAUCACGCUGAACCAUUUUUAGAUUUUAAACGUCAAUAGCAAAUUUCCACUGCUGUCUGUUACAUGGUCGCAAAUUUUAUUUCAGGUGUUUCCGUUUCGGAUGAUUUUUGAACCACAGGCGUUCGAGAAGAUGUGAGUCAGUUCACUGAGUAAUUUGACAUACUAUAUUCCAUUAAGUACAAUGUAUACCCUUUCUUAAUGUUGCAUUUACUAUAAUUGAACUCGGCAGUGCACCAUAAUGCUUUAGUCAUAUAUUGUGUAAAUGAAAAGGAAUGUAAACAUGUACUGUCAAUAAUGAAUAGUAAAUUGUUUUUUUUAAAUGUCCCACUCAUUAUGCAUUCCCCAAAACGUGUUGCAUGUUUGCAUUUUAUUUGUGAAUAACUUGACCUGCUUUUUACAUAUUUAAUAAAAAAAAAAGAGACUA